UCGUGUCCCUGGGAUAACUAUAUCGUUCUUCAAUCAUCACGCCACAACAGCUGGCUCACUCCUGAGCACGCAACGGAGACAACACAUCCCGGCGCGCUGCAGCGAGCCGUCCUCAGACACAGGGCCAGGCAGCUGGCUAGCACGCACGCAAGCUGAAACACCGCCUCGCCGGGCGCGUCACUCGCGUCUGCCCUGCUCGCCGCACGCAGCCAAGCCGAUACCGCGUCUCGUCGUCGGAAGCGCUGAGAAGGAAAAAACAAAGCCCGCGCCGCUUUUACGAGGUCGCCCAAGCGAGCGCCGGCGAGACGGGUCAAACCGCACCGCAGCUACGCCGUCGGCUUCGUGCGCGUCUCUGCUCCCGUCCGUUCGUUUCACUUGCGCUGCUGACGUCAGCUCGAGGACGCCGCGGCUGGUGAUGGUCACGUGACUUACCCCGCCCCCGCCGGCGUGCACGUGCUUCGUGCGACCUCGGCAACCUCGUGCGGCGCGCUGUGCGGUAGCGCCGCACGGACGAGCGUCGCUUGCAUUACAGGGGAAGACCACGGAACGCCGAGGCCGGCGCAGAAAUGAGGUCUCUUCAGAUGAGCUCCGGCUACCCCGAUGACUUCCGGUUUGGCUCCAUGGUCAGCCGAAAAUACUGCUGCGCUUCCGGCUUGGCCGUUUCCGUCCUCGGUGUCAUCUGUGGUGUCCUGCUGGGCCACUUCGCCAUGCGUGGUGGCAACAGUUCCAAGUCUGAUCAACAUGGCCUUCCAGAAGCAGAAACAGUCGGCCAGGUUAGAACUGUUGAAGAAGACGUCAUGGCACUUCUCAACAAGUACGACUAUGAGGCCAUGUUGCGGAGAUUCGUCGACAUGCCAAAACUGGGCGGUACAGAAGGCGAGCGCACUUCUGCCGAAUACGUGGCGAAGAUGUGGGAAACCCACGGGCUCGAAGACGUGCACCUGACCCCCUACAAGGCGUACUUCUCUCACCCGGAUCCGGAUCGACACAGUCAGAUAUCCAUCACUGACAGUGAGGGAAAAGUCGUGUAUUCGGUGACAAGGCAGAAGACUGGCUCCAUAGAACCCUACCUAGCAUAUUCUGCCACUACCGGCAGUACACCUGUUGUGGCGGAGGUUGUCUACGCCAAUUAUGGGCGACCGGAAGACUUCGCUUACCUGCGCGAGACCGGCAUCAAUGUCACCGGAAAGAUCGCUGUCAUCCGCUUUGGUCGCGUGUUUCGGGGAAAUAAGGUGAAAGAAGCGGAAAGGCAGGGCGCCUCGGCGGUCAUCCUCUACCCUGAUCCGGCAGACUACGCCCUGCAGCCCCAGCGGCCUUUCCCGGAGUCGAUGUCUCUACCGGCGUCAGCAGUCGCCUCUGGAACGCUCUCCCUCGUUAACGGAGACCCACUGACGCCCAUGUACCCAGCUACAGAGGACGCUUUCAGAAUACCUCUGAGGGAGGCAAACCUUCCUGGCAUCCCGGCCUUCACAGCAUCCUUCGAGGAAGCGGCCCAGAUACUGAGACGCCUGGCGGGCCCUCCGUCGCCCGAAGAGUGGACGGGCGACUUGAACAUUGGCACCUACCGCCUUGGGCCAGGUUUUACUGAUGCCAAGGAAAUGAAACUCGAUGUUCAUCUCAAGAAUGGUCUUGCGAUGACCUACAACGUCGUCGGAAAAAUAACUGGUCUGGAAGAACCUGAGAAACUGGUUUUGGUGGGGAACCACCGGGACGCGUGGACGCCCGGCGCGUUCGACCCCGUCAGCGGCACGGUGGCACUGAUGGCCAUCGCUGAAGCAUACGGCAAAAUGGCACGGCAAGGUUGGAAGCCUCGUCGCACGCUCGUGUUUUGCAGCUGGGGCGCCGAAGAGUUUGGUCUCAUCGGAUCCCAGGAAUGGGCCGAGCAACAUCGCGUGCAGCUGAGUCAUCAAGCGGUGGCGUACUUGAACGUGGACAUCGCCGUUCAGGGAAACGGCACUCUGGAAGUGUCUGCCAGUCCCUUGCUGGCCCAUUUGAUCUGGCAAUCAUCUAAAAAGGUUCCGAAUCCGGACAAGGACGAAGUCGCGCACGGGAGGGCGUCGGUGUUCGACACCUGGCUUGUGAACUCGCCGUCGUACAACAAUCCUGACACCGAGCCAAGGUUCCUAGAUCUGGCAUCGGACAGUGACUACGCGCCGUUCUUCCACGAACUUGGCAUUCCUUGCGUGGACGUUCGGUACGCCUGCCGUAACCAGAGCUUCGACUCUUGCCUGCCGCUUUACCACACCAUCUACGAGACGGAAAUGGCUUACAAGAUGGUCGACAAGGAAUUUUCGUUCCUUCGGGCCGUCACGCAGCUGCUGGCGUCGGCCGCGCACUUACUGGCGGUGCCGGCGCUGCUGCCCCACACGGUUCGUCCGUACGCAGCGGCACUCAACGAGAGCCUGGCCGAGCUGCGGGUGCUGUACGCCACGCACAUCGAGGACCAACGGAUCGACGUGGGGCCACUAGUGUCAGCCGUGGAAAGCUUCUCGAGGGCCGCCGAUGCUGUCGAGCAGGAGAGGCACCAGAGCAAAAGUUUCAGAGGCAUAAACAACAAGCUGAUGCUUUUGGAACGAGUGUUCAUCGACAGUCCAGGCGUUCUUGCAGGGAACAUGUACAGGAACCACACGUGGGCAAGCUACCUCAGCAAGCACGUUGUGUUCGGCGUCAGCUUCGAUGACGCCAACGUCGGCUCGCGGUUCACCGCCCUGAAGCGAGCCCUCGUCGAUGCAUCGUCACUUGCUGCGCCGCUGAUAGCCUCGUUGGCGUACCGCAUCAGGGCAGCUGCAGACAUCCUCAGCGACGCGCUCUGAUGGAGCCUUGACGACAAACUUGAGUCGGAUGCGGCCGCAUCAGUUGUGCGCUGUUCAGGGAGGCUUGAAUAAGUGCCCUUACGCAGCCGCGGCGUUAGGCCUGCGCUGGCAACGUCGGCGCCCAAAGGUCACAUUCAUGACCAGACGGACGGAAUUCUUGAUGUGUCAUCGUACUACUUUCGGCCUGAUACUGUAUUUUGACGCUUGAAAACAGCACUGGCUUUUCCAGCUGACACAGACCGUACGCUAAUCGCCACGUAGGGUGUACGUCGACCGAUUCCUUCUGUUUUAAUGUCACUGCGGCUGACGAAAAAAAAACAAAUACUGUGCAGCAUUCAAGCCAGCGGCCGCUCCGUUACUUCAAGGUGCUUCAUUAGAUGUAUUACGUUCACUUCGUAAGGAGACAGUGUACUUAACAUUUGAAGACAGUGCAAAAGAAUUAGGGUUGAAAAAACUGAGUACAGCACAAGUGCAUGUUGCAGAUCUUUGGUUACACCUUGAACAAUUUUCUUCUGGCUGCACGCCGUAGUGAGGGUUUCACUUCUGUAGUCACCUUCACUAAGGCAGGAUUAAAAGCAGGAGGCAAAGUUGUGCUAAGACCAUGCUCAGUAUGACGCGGCAAGUAUGCUCAUGGCGGAUGGUAAGAUUCUCCAUGCUUGAAGAGCAUGUCGCCAACGUACUUCAUCAUGUCAAAUCUUGAGCCCCCAUUGUACUUCAAGAAAGCAGUGGCCGUUCAGAAUUCCCUUUAUGAAAUUGCUGAUGUAUAUUCGAAACAACUUGGUCAAGCAGUGUUGCUGCAUUGAGUUUAUUUGUACGAGAACUGGCACGAAAACGCGUCAUAACUUAGCACCCAACAACAACGAAUGCGUUAUUCGGAAACUUUCUUAGCAUGUAAACUGCGACAUCAUUGUUGUCUUCUCUUUCUUUUCACCCAGUUUGUACUUUAAAUGUAGGCUGCAUUCUUAAACUUCGAAUAGCGCGCUGAGGAAAGGACAAGAGCAAAGGGAAGACGUGCUACAACGUGCUCGACGCUGCCCUAUAACCGUUUGGUCAUCUUCCUUUUGAUCGUGCGCUAGCUGUUUUUCAAACGUAUUUAGUGUCGCACCUUUCCCUCUCCUCUUUGUCGUGCCGAUGUCGACUAGGCUGUACUACUACUGCCACGUUAGAGCUGGGCCACAAAGCCCGUCACUACUAGGUAAGCAAUGAAUGUAUCUGGUAUGCGCUUCCGCUAAUAGUUGUUUUUCAAACGUAUUUAUUAUUGCACCUCUCCCUCCCCUCUUUGUAGUGCCGAUGUCGACUAGGCUGGACUACUACUGCCACGUUAGAGUUGGGCCACAAGGUCCGUCACUUCCGGGUAAGCAAUGAAUGUAUCUGGUAUGCGCUUCCACUAAUAGUGGUUUCCAACGUGUCGAGUCCACUCUUGGAAUCUUGGUAAUGUGGAAAUGAGCCAGGAAAAAGCCGGACUUCUCGGCAAAUUGCGCGUGAAAAGGACCCCAUCCCGCUCGGUGCGUUUGCCAAUUAACCACGGCCUCCCGCUUUCUUGUUUGAAUCAAUUCUCCACAAUUGCACGUCAGCAUCCGGACGCAUGAGGGCGACCGCGCAACUGACCUGUCGAAUCGGUCACUGUGGCUAUACCGGGCGAUGAACGAAACGUAGGCACGCGUACAAGUGUGGUACAUAUUACUCUGUCAUCUAAUACCGAUGCAUGCAUUGAGUACAAUAUACGCGUCGCACUUCAAAUACAUCGUACUCGAUAUAAACAAAGGAGCAAACACAGCAGUACAUGGCGUCUACUUGGGACAGGCUUUGCCAUUUCCACUUCAAAAACACUGUUACAGUAUACAUGCGAAAACUAUUGUCAGCCUCGAAUUCAUGAAUGACAAUCGGAGCACUUGCAGCUUACUCCGGCAAACGUAAUUUGGGCAUCAUUCUGCCUGAAUAAAAAUUUGCCUCGACAGAUGGUUAGGUACCGCGUAGACCAGCGGCGAAGAAACUCGGCGAAGAACAGCUGUUCUUCUAGAUGACGCCAUGCUAUCGCCCGUAGUUCGCGCAGUGUGGGUUGCGUUGCUUAAUUUUAUUGCCGAGAUUGCUUUGCAUUGUUGCGGAAGCACCACUAAACGUGACUAGCGCUUUAAUAGACGAGGCUUGCAAACCUAUCUCGCCGCCGUGGUGACCGCACGGUGGAUACUCCAAAACAUUCUUGCUACCGGCUUCCAGAAGGCGCGUACUGUGACACACUCCUUCACCACAUGAGUGUUGGUCUCUUUUUGUGCACAGUGUAUGCAUUUAUCAUUUGGUAUCUUUUCGUAGCGUUCAAGUCUGCCUCGUACCUAGAAUUCCCCACUGAUGUUUCGAAUAAAAAUUUAAUCGAGACGACAAAUCAGGUGAAAGCGCGGCUGUCCAUAUUUGUGUAUAGUAUAGCUGUGCCUGGCGGUAUACAGCUGUCGAGAACAACAUUUCACAAAGCCUCGAAACUGCUGUCGCGCGCCACUCGGUAUUUGUUAUUUGUACAAGCUGUCGCUGCUGCAUGACUCCGGCCGAUACUGAGCAUCUGUGGCGUGCGCGGUUCUGUCCAGCUAUCGCAACAGCGCGAUCCACGUGUGCGCCAGUGAAAUACGUGCGUGUAUCGUGGACCGCGAUGUAUGGGUGUCAUACGUAAACCUGGGGAUACGGGCUCGUUCCGAGUUAGGUAUUUUUCACUCGGUACAAAAAAUUAAGUUCAUGGAUGGCAAUUCAACAAAACCAUACACCUACGGUUGUAUCCGUCUCGUUCUGAAAAUUUAGUGGGCCGAAUGAGUCGAAGCGUUUGUACUAUAAGCGACGUUUUACUUGCGCACGAUGCCCGGGAAUUGUCCGAACGGUUUGCUGAAGUACGAGUUGCUUUCCCUUCGCUCCCGUAUUUAGCUCACUGCUUCUAAGUGCUUCAGUCAUAAACUUGCCCAAAUUCACACCCUGCUGACCGGCAUUGUUCGAUUCAAAGAGCACUGUAAAGGCAAGAGUCUCUUCCUUUAAUUUAAUUGUUAGAUAUUUAAUCUACUCCUUAGCUCCGAAGGCACGUCAACCCCUUCUUACCUUUUCACGUGCUUUACUAUUGUCAACGAACUGUGACGUGUGUGUGUGUGUGCUUUUUACAUCACAACUAAAAAAUGUGUGCUUUUGUAUUUGUGGAAUGUCAACCAGGUGGUUCUGUUUAUCAUGUACAGUUGCCGUUUAGGCUACACAUUUCUGUAAUUGAUUGCGUUCUGUUUUGCUGUCACAAUCUUCUUUUUUGUUAUGCCAUGAACGCAAAGUUCAAUAAAACUUGAGAGUGAA